AAUGAUUUGGGAGCCAUGAUAAUUAACCAUCACGCAAUCAUUUGGCCCAGAAGGUAGAGACGCCAUCCAUGACUAUGAGUCUUGUUUCAUCCGGCGGUGUAUCCUUGUUCGGUCGCCGUCAGGGCGGAAGAGUUCCGGUUUCCAGACCAAGAUGGAGACCCCGAGCUGCUCUGGUGGAAGCCAGGCCCAAAGCCAAUGGUUCGGUGGCGGUUCAAUUGUUUCGAGCGGAUAGAGCCGAGGAUUUACAAGCGGAGGCCAGGGCCAUGGCACGCGCCGCCAAUGCUUCCGUUUAUAGCCCCGAACUUCUGUCUCGCAAGUACGGCUCACGCCCCAUCCAGGCAUUGCAAAGGACUCUGGAAAUUGUGGUAGCCCUAGGUUCAUUUGCUUUUAAACUCUUGCUCGAUCAAAGGUACGGGACGUUGGAUCAAUAUAAGAGAAAGCGAGCUGCUGAAUUGAGGAGGAUUUUUACUAGGUUAGGGCCUACUUUUGUAAAAUUAGGUCAGGGUUUGUCCACCAGGCCGGAUAUCUGCCCACCUGAGUAUCUUGAGGAGCUCUCACAGCUUCAGGAUGCGCUUCCUACAUUUCCAGAUGAAGAUGCUUUUUCAUGCAUUGAGAGGGAGUUGGGAAUGCCUUUGGAUACCAUUUACUCUUCAAUAUCUCCCUCUCCGAUUGCAGCUGCCAAUUUCUUAUCACCAGAUGUGGAUGUUUCUCCAAUUGUUCCAGCACUUCGGGAUUUCUUUGAUGAUGCACUUAACUACACCGUCAGUGAACUAAACUUCAAAACAUUAGUAGAUGGUCUGGGUGCUGUUUUAUAUCAGUACCUGUUUAGUGUCCCUGCAUAUUAUGCUUUGAUAUUGAGGUCACUCACUGUUUUGGAAGGAUUAGCCCUUUAUGCUGAUCCUAAUUUUAAGGUGCUAGCUGCUUCAUAUCCAUAUUUUGCAAAAAGACUCCUCACAGAUCCAAAUCCAUAUCUCAGAGAUGCUCUUAUUGAGUUGCUUUUCAAGGAUGGGAGGUUUAGGUGGAGUAGACUUGAAAACCUUCUUGUUCAGGGAAGAAAGGACAGAGAUUUUUCUGCAAAAGAUGCUCUCCAACCUGUUCUGAAGCUUUUACUGGCUCCAGAUGGUGAAGAGCUCAGGACUUUAGUAAUUAAGGAGGCUGUCCGUGUAACUGAGGCUAUUAUGCUAGGCUCGCUUAUUGAUACAUACAAGUCUUUGCCCGAAUUUGUGCGUGCUCUAAUGCCCAAUGGCAGUACUAGCAGACCUCUUGUACUGAGUGAUACUGAAUUGGGAAGCUUGUUAGAACUUUGUGACCAGGUCUACAGGAUCUGGGUUCUUCUACGUUUCUCUGAAAACUUUGAUCCAGCUCUUUUGCAGCCUAUAUUGCAGGUCCUUCAGCAACCCGAAGCACGUACUCUAGGAGGCCGUGUUGUUGGUGGCAUCAGUCAGCGUUUAGCAGCACGGUUACUGCAACAAGUUCUUCGAACUCCAACAACAGUUUCUACAUCAAUCUCUUGAGUCAUGAGUAUUGGACUUCCAACGGGUUAUGAACGUUUCAAAUGCUCUUAAUUUUUUCUGCAAAUCUUUCCUCGGUUAGGUUUUUUUGGCAGGAAAGGAAUUGUGAAAAAUAAAAAUAUCUAAGAUACACGAGGACAAGUAAUACCCCAAAGAAAUCUUUGUGAUUAUUUAAAUCGUUUCAUACUUUUGUUUUUGAUUAUUUACAUUGUCUCAUAAUGUUUAUUAUGUUGUAAAAUAAAAGAAAAUUAAUAGA